AUGACCACCACCACCCCACCCACAACACCCCUCAAGAAAGGCCUGCGUGAGGAAGUCAUUACACCCCCGCCGUACUCCACCGCUGCCGGGCGCACACACACCACCAACGGCCUCCUCGAGCUCGCCCCCUUCCACACGCUCACCUCGUCGCAGCUCACGCAAUUCGACGACGAGCUACUCGGGCACACGCGGCGGUGGCUGUCGGUGCCCCAGCAGCCGGCGACCAAGACGAUGCCGGAGGAGCUGUGCGACUGGCUGCGCGGGUGGGGGUUCUUUGUGGCGCUCGAUACCAUGGAGUAUCGGCGCCGCGCGCUGGACGGAGGGAGGCCGCUGGCGGAGAGGGCGGCGUGGAUGAGGGCGAGUUGUGUGUUAGGCGCGGCUGGGGGUAAGGGGGAGGCGGAGUGGUGGGGGGUGGUGGGGGAGGUGUUGGAGGUGAGGGGGUUGGAGGGGGUGGUGUAG